AUGUUACGACCUUAUCCAUUCAUUUUUGUUCUCCUCAUGAGUUCUGCAUUAUCAAACGAUAAUAAUGAUAGUGAUAUUCUCGAAUUCACAACCACAAGAUAUCAAUUAUGUUAAGAUAUUGAAAAUUGUAAAAACUGAAUAUCAUCAUCAUCUAGUUGAUAUCACAAAUUCAGAACGAUAAUCUAUUUUAGAUUCCAUAUAUUCAGAUAGAAAAUAAGAACUAUCUAGUCAAGUUGAAAAAUGGAUUAAUAAUAGCUAUGUAAUAUCAUCUGAUGAAUAUUUUAUCGAUCUCUAAUAUUACACUCUUCCUUGGUUGAUCAUUGCUAUUGCAACACUAUUUUUAUCUAUGUUCUACAUAUUAGUAACAAUAAUGCCAAGGUAUAAUAGUAUUAUAUUUUAUAGUUCAUUGAUUAAAUGGUUAAAAUCACAUACAGAGGAUGAAUUCAUUUUGAAUACAAAGAGAUUUCAUAAAUUUGGGAUAGCUAGUAUUAUUAUAUUGAAUUUAAUACUCAUAAUUGUCUCUAUAAUCGUAUUAGUAAUAAUCAAUUAUAUUUAUAGGUUUACUCAAAUAAAGCUCUUAAUGGAUUAGAUUAUUCAAAUUGUUAUUUGGCAUCAUCUUUUGAUAAUUUACUUGUAAGAAAUGAUGAAUACUUCACUGGAUACAGUAUUAUAUAAUCUGAUCUGAAUUCAUUAUCAAAUAACUUCAUUGAUUUUCAAUCUAAUUUGAAAAAACUAUAUCAAAGUCGACUAUCCAUUAAUCUACAAUCAAUAUAGCAAGAAGUUAUAGAAUUUAAUGAUUAGUACAUUUCGAUAUGAUAAUAGACUUAAGAGAAAUGAGCCUAAUUCUCCUCUCCCUAUUAAAAUAUCCUCGAAUGGUACUAAUACGAUAGCAGCCACAGAAUCUUAUUUCUCAAAAAUGAAAAUUGUAAGUAUAUAUUAUAGAUAUUUAAUUUAUAGAUAGAUUAUAUGUUUUCUACAAAAAAGGAUGAUGAUUAUAUAACUUAUCUUGAAUAUUAUGAAAUAAUUAAGAAAGAAGAGAACAGAAUGUAAUUGACAAGUUAAGUAGAUGAGAUCCAAGAAUAUUAUGGGAAUAUAUUUUAAAGAUUUGGAUCUCUAGAAAAUUCGUCAUUAGCUCUUAGAGAUUCAAAAUUAUCCAUUUUAUUCAAUAAAGCUUAAUAAUAGUUAUAAUCCAUUGAUAAUUCUUUACUUAAUUAUGGUAAUUUAUUUAAUGAUUUCCAUCAAACUCUAAACGAUGAUAUUAAUUAUUAUGUUGAUUCGAUUAUUGGCUUAUUAAUAGUGUUAAUCAUAUUUAAUUUCAUUCAAAUCAUUUUAUGGUUAGGUCAUAUGAUAAAUAAACAUCUAAAGAUUAAAAAGUAUAUUGAUAUCCUUUGGUUUUUAUGCAAUCUUAUACUAAUUGGAAUUUUAAUUAUUAAUAUUUUCUUAUAAUCAAAUUCCUAUUUAUCAAAAGAAUUAUGUAUCUAUUUUGAUGGAAUUACUAAUAAUGAAGAAUUCUAUUAAAAUCAAAAGAUUAUUGAAUUUUCAGAAUCAAAACAAGCUAUUCAUACUUGUCUUUUUGGAGAUGGAAAUAUCUAUAAUUAAUUAAAUUUUAAUUCAAGACUCAAAGAUAUAAGAACCUAUAUUAAUAGUGAAAAUGGACUAUAAGAAGAAAUACAACGACUCAUAUCAAAUUAAGCUCUAUAUCUUUAGAAAUUGAAUAAUAAUUCUAUUACUAUUACAUCUAUAUUAGAUGGUACAUUUAUGGAUUUAAAUUAAAAUGAGAGAUAAGAAUUCAAUAAAAUUAUUGAUAAUUUUAAUUCAUACAAAAAUAAUGAAAAUUGUGCAGAAUUAUCAUCUACAUUAUGCACAGAUGGUACUUAUCCAAAAAUGAAUGGAGGUUUCAAUGAUUCAUAGAUGUGUUGGCAUCCAUCAUAUCUAAUUACAAAAUAUUCUGCAUCAUGUUAAGAUUAAUAGGAUUUAUUUUAAAAAUUAAAAUUACAUUAUCAAACUUAAGCUUAAGGAUGGAUUAGAACAUAAUUAUUAGAAUCUUAAUUUGUAUCUUAAAAUUUAGAUUUAAAUCUAAAAGUUAAUUAAUACAUUAAAAAUCAUACAAAUUUUAUUGAUUUGUAAUUGAAGACACUAACUAAUUUAAAUAGUUUACUUAAGGCUGCUAAUUGUACAUUCAUGAAAGUAAUUAUUCAUUAUUAAUUAAAUAAUUUUAGGAAGAUUUGAAUAUGAUGCUUGAUGGGAUGUGUGUAGUGUACUCAUACUAUCUUAAUUAAAUAUCAAUCUUAAUGAUAAUUAUCAUCUCUUUGUUAUUCCUUUCAGUUUUAUUUAAUUGUCUCACUUCUUUAAAGGUUUCAUAGAUGGAAACAUACGAAGAAUAUGCAUCUACAAAAGUGAUCAAUUUUGCUGGAUCUAGUAGAUUGAGAGCAUCAAUUGA